GGAAAUCAAAACCAACAGAGAAGAGAGAGAAAGUUCUAGAGAGGGAGAAAUCAAUUGUUGGGAGAGAGAUGAAGCUGGUAUGGUCACCGGAGAUAGCUUCAAAAGCUUACAUAGACACUGUAAAAUCAUGUAAGCUUUUCAAACAAUCCGGCGUAGCGGAACUGAUAGCUGCCAUGGCCGGCGGCUGGAACGCGAAGAUGAUAGUGGAGACGUGGUCGCACGGUGGCGUAGUCACCACCAGCGCGGGCCUCGCCAUCGCCGCUAGCCACACGUGCGGCCGACACGUGUGCAUAGUCCCCGACGAACGAUCGAAGCUCGCGUACAUCAAAGCCAUGCACGACGCCGGCGUGACGUCAGCUGAAGUAAUAGUCGGAGAGGCGGAGGACGCAGCGGCGACGCUGCCCGAAGUGGAUUUUCUGGUGGUGGACUGCCGCCGCAGGGACUUCGGGAAAGUACUGAGGUUUGCUAAAAUAAGCCAGAGGGGCGCAGUCUUGGUGCGUAAGAACGUGAACCAAAGAAGCGUUUCUGGGUUCAGGUGGCAUGGGGUUCUCCAUCGCGGGACACGUGUCGUGAGAACAGUGUAUCUCCCUGUGGGCAAGGGAUUGGAUAUUGCGCACAUAGGGAGCAGCGGUGGAGUGGCGAGCUCGAGGAAGGGUCCCAGCCGUUGGAUCAGACAUAUUGAUGAGAAAUCGGGAGAGGAGCACUUGAUCCGAGGGUGACAUUCCCCGCUGAGACGGGGUAUUUGUUGUACAAAUGGUUGCGUUUUCCAAUAAAAAUCAUCGAAAUUUUUGAUAGAAA